AUGUCACGUGCACAUCCAACGAACCUCCUCUCACAGUCCUUCACCGCCAUCGGCUUCCUUCCUGCUACCCAGCCUCACGACGACCUGAUGACUGUCCCCUCCAAGACCAAGCAGUGGACGACGGCGUUCGAUGGUGUCGAUAAGCUCCAGCUCGGCGAAGCAGACGUUCCCGAGCCAAAGGCCGGCGAAGUCCUGGUCCGCAUCGAAGCCGUGAGCCUGAAUUACCGUGACGUCGAGGUCUGCAGAGGUGCCUACAACCAGCCGCCCUCGCCCCUCGCCCCGGCCGCGCCCCUCGUUCCAUGCUCCGACAUGUGCGGAACCGUCAUCGUCUCCUCCGAGCCCCUCUUGCCACCCGGCACCCGCGUCGUGUCCGUCUUUCUGCAGCUUCAUCUCGCCGGCCCGCUCGCCGAGCACCAUCUCUCCUCGAGCCUCGGCCACCCGCUGCCUGGCGUCCUCACCCAGCACCGCCUCUUCCGUGCCGAGUCCCUCGUCCGGACGCCAGUUCAUCUCUCGGCCGAGGAAGCCUCCUGCCUACCCCUCGCCGCCGUCACCGCCUGGGCAGGCCUGAGCUGGCAGAACCCCCUCGGCCGGCCACUCUCUUGUGACGGCAACGAGACGGUGCUCUUCCAGGGCACCGGCGCCGUGUCCCUCGCUGGCUUGCAAAUCGCCCGCGCCGCCGGCUUCCGAACCAUCAUCACCUCCUCCUCGGACGCCCAGCUGCGGCGCGCCCGGGACGCCGGCGUCGAUUGUGCCAUCAACCACCGUACCCACUGGGAAUGGCGGGAGCCCGUCCUCGCCGCCACCCAAGGCCGCGGCGCCGACGUCAUCUUCGACACCGGCCGCGGCCGCACCCUUCGCAAGGCCUUUGAGACCGUCGCCUUUGGUGGCGUCAUCAACUGCAUAGGCUACCGCUCCGGCGAAGAUCGAGAGGACGUCGACGGCGACAAACCGCCCCGGCUGCAGCGGCUCGACGUCGACGAGCUCGCCCUGAGUCGGAGCGUCACCCUCCGUGCCGUCGUCGACGGCGGCAAGGACCAAUUCGAAGAGAUGCUCCGCUUCUACGACCGGCACCAGAUCAAGCCAUUCGUCGCCAAGGUCUUCCCCUUUGCCCACGCCAAGGAGGCACUUCAGAGUCUCGCCGAGGGGGAGGAACACUUUGGCAAGGUCGUCAUCAAGAUGACCGAGUAG